GUUUGGUGAAAAAGAAAAUAUUAUCACCGGACAAGAAAUCAUGGGGAUUUUGAGGGCUUGUGCGAGGGUUUUUAAAUGGCUUCCGGUAGUAUUUAUCACAGCAAUAAUUGCUUGGUCAUAUUAUGCGUAUGUCAUCCAGCUGUGUAUAUUUACUGUUGAUAAUAUUUUAGAGAAAGUUGUAUACAUGGUCUUUUAUCACCUUUUCCUCUUCCUUUUUUUAUGGGCGUAUUACAAGACGAUAUGGGUAUCAAUUGCAACAAUACCAAAAGAGUUUUAUUUAACAGAUGCAGACAUUGAUAGGUUAGAAAAUGAAGAACGAGGUGACAGACAGGAUGCCAUUCUCAAACAGAUUGCAAAGAAUUUACCAGUUAGUACAAGAACAUUAGCAGGCGGUAUACGGUACUGUGAUAUUUGCAGAGCAAUCAAACCAGAUAGGUGUCAUCAUUGUUCAGUCUGUGAAACAUGUGUUCUGAAAAUGGAUCACCAUUGUCCAUGGGUGAAUAACUGCGUUGGAUUUUCAAAUUACAAAUUCUUCAUCUUGUUCUUGAUGUAUGGUCUACUCUACUGUCUUUAUGUGGCUGCCACAGUCCUUCAGUACUUCAUAGAAUUCUGGAGUAACACAUUGGGCAGUACCCCUGGAAAAUUCCAUAUACUCUUCUUGUUCUUUGCUGCCGCUAUGUUUGCGCUCAGUUUGAUAUCCUUAUUUGGAUAUCAUUGUUAUCUUGUCUCUGUCAAUAAAACAACAUUAGAGUCUUUCAGGACACCAGUAUUCAGCAGCGGUCCUGACAAAGAUGGUUUUAGCAUGAAUACCAAACUGGAAAAUAUAAAACAAGUGUUUGGUGAAGACAUAAAACAAUGGUGGAUGCCUGUGUUUGCAAGUUAUGGGGAUGGUCGAUGCUUCCCGACAAGAACAGAAAGUGAAGAUUCGGAUCACUUACUUGCCGAGCGGCAGCGCUGGGCAGAGGAAGGUAUGGAGAGUGAUACUACAAACACUGAGGACAAUAUCAAAAUUGAUAUUUGUAACUCAGGGAGAUCAGCCCAUUAUGCGACUUCUGAGCAACAAUGUCCACAACCGAGUUUAGAACCGAAUGGUCUGACGGCCGUUACUAUUGAUCCAGAAGCUGGCUAUGACAACAAGUCAAACAGCAUUGAUCAUCAUCAUAUGUGAUUCCAGCUUUCUCUUUUUGAACAGUGGACACGUAUGGAUCAGUGAAUAGUGAAACAGAAGAUGAGUACCCUACAUUGCAAACUAAUGGAGUAGCUUAGUUCAUCACCCAUCCAGUCUCCAUGCCGAAUAAAAGAACAGCUCAUUAAUGGAAUGCUCCUUUCCUUCCUCUGUGUGUGUGUGCCUGACUUAAGUGCAUUACUAUGCAUUUGACAUUUAAUCAAGGUUUUGUUUGCAUUAGAGGAAUGCCAGUUAUUAAAAGAAUUUUAAAAAUUGCUGUAUAAUAAUGUAUACUAUAAUUGAUUUUGUGUAUUGUAAGGCUAAAAAGUGUUUUUGUUUUUGAUUAGCCAGCAACUUUUUUUUUCAGUGUUUUGGCAGAACAAUGAAAUAAGUAGUUUUGAACAACCCCUUCCAAAUUGCUGUGCACAUUGACCAGAAACAAUCAUUUUUUUUGCUAAUAUUUAAAGUAGUUUUUGUCAUAUAUUUUAUAGAGCACACAAUCAAUAGUUUGGAACCAGUGAUUUAUUUUUGUCAAAAACAGAGGGGGACCAAUUUUUGAAAUUGUAUGUAUUGUGCUCAAUAUACUAGUUGAAGGAUGUCAUUAUCUAUUGAUUUCUUUGGUGCAAAACAGUCGUAAGACAUUUUACAGUCUGAGACAUCUAGGGGUUGCCCACUAUAGUAGACUGAUAAUGUUCGUUUUGAUGAAUGACAAUGCCUGCUAUGAGUUCAAUAUUACAUGGCUGAUGUGCAUCAGGUGAUUAAACACAAGUCGUUCCAAAUCUGUAAUUCUUAAAUGUUAACAAUUUGGCAUUAAAUCCACGUUUUCCUAAAAAA